AUGGCUCAACCCCCUGGCUUGACAAAGCCAAGCCAUGCAACUUGUAAGAUCAAGAAGUACAAACAUUGUUACAAUUUAGAACAUGUUUGUCCCAAGUUCUGCCCUGACACUUGUCAUGUUGAAUGUGCUUCUUGCAAGCCCAUAUGUGGUCCUGCUUCCCCCGGGGAUGAUGCCGGAGACACUCCUCCUGCUCCGGUUCCACCUGUUUCACCACCACCUCCGGCUCCUGUUCCGCCAGUUUCACCACCGCCUCCAGUCACGCCUACUCCCACUGAUCCUAUGCCUCCGGCACCUGUUUCACCACCUCCUCCGGCUCCUGUUCCGCCAGUUUCACCACCACCUCCUACUCCUACACCGUAUGUUCCAAGUCCUACUCCGCCAGUUUCACCACCACCUCCGUCUCCUACACCGGCUGUGCCAAGUCCUACUCCACCAUCUUCACCACCACCUACUACUCCCACACCAGCUGUGCCAAGUCCUACUGCACCAUCUUCACCACCACCUACUACUCCCACACCAGCUGUGCCAAGUCCUACUCCACCUUCUUCACCACCACCUCCUUCUCCUACACCAGCUGUACCAACCCCUCCUGAUGUUACUCCCACUCCUCCUACACCGGCUGUACCAAGUCCUCCUGACGUCACUCCCACUCCUCCCACACCUCCGUCGUCCCCAACUCCUCCUGGAUCUACUCCCACGACUCCAACGCCUUCUGUCCCAACUCCUUCUCCUUCCGUCCCUGUUCCAAGUGCUCCAAACUCUCCUCCUUACGUUCCCCCAUCCUCGCCUACUCCAACGCCACCAUCGGAUGGGGAGGCAGGAGCAGGAGUUAGAAGAGCAAGGUGUAAGAAGAAGGGCUCUCCUUGUUACGGAGUUGAAUACAGUUGCCCUUCCGCUUGUCCCCGUUCUUGUGAAGUCGAUUGUGUCACUUGCAAGCCUCUUUGCAAUUGCGACAAGCCAGGAUCUGUUUGUCAAGACCCACGUUUCAUCGGAGGAGACGGUCUCACCUUUUACUUCCACGGAAAGAAAGACUCCAACUUCUGCCUCAUCUCCGAUCCUAACCUUCACAUCAACGCACAUUUCAUUGGUAAACGUAGGCCUGGUAUGGCACGUGACUUCACUUGGGUCCAAUCCCUUGCUGUCCUCUUUGGCACUCACCGUUUCUACGUCGGAGCCCUCAAAACCGCCACGUGGGACGAUUCAGUUGACCGUAUCUCCGCCUCUUUAGACGGAAACGUUAUCUCGCUUCCUCAGCUAGACGGUGCCACAUGGACUUCUUCCCCAGGUGUAUAUCCUCAGGUCUCGGUCAAACGAGUCAACGCUGAUACUAACAAUAUCGAGGUUGAAGUAGAGGGUUUGCUUAAGAUCACCGCAAGAGUGGUGUCAAUAACAAUGGAAGAUUCAAGAAUUCAUGGGUACGAUGUAAAGGAAGAUGACUGUCUAGCUCAUCUCGACUUAGGGUUCAAGUUCCAAAACCUCAGCGACAAUGUCGACGGAGUUUUGGGACAGACUUAUAGGCCAAACUACGUUAGCCGAGUCAAGAUCGGAGUCCACAUGCCUGUGAUGGGUGGUGACAGGGAAUUCCAGACCACCGGACUUUUUGCACCUGACUGCUCUGCCGCAAGGUUUACCGGUAACGGAGGCAGAAACGGUGGCUGGAGCAAAAUGGAGCUCCCUGAGAUGAGUUGUGCCAGUGGCGUAGGUGGCAAGGGAGUGGUCUGCAAGAGAUAG